AUGGAGGACGUGAUCGAAUUGAAUAGGGAUAUACCCUAUGCGAGUUACGUUCCGACUAAUAAUGUUAUCUACGUUUUAGGCACGUACUUCCCUUGCUUAAUUUGCGUGUACGAACUUCACACUUUGCAGGCGUGCGCCGAUGACAUCGGGCCAGAGAUGGAUUCAGCAGCGGACUCGUCGAAGCUCAAGGAAAACUCCACGCUUCAUUUCCUGAUCAUGUAUGACGAUCAUAAAUUGUUCAAGACCAAGGCAGAGCAUUUCUACGACACUUUCCUGGAAAGCCACGGAUCAGGGAUCGCCGCCUUCGACGUGGAGUACGACGACUUCGCCAACAUGUGUGGUGAAGGAAACUUUAGGCGUCUGAAGGCCAUAAAGGACGUUGUUGCGACCCACGCCUGA